GGCAUGGCGACCGGCGAGCGGGAGGUGGUGCCGCCUCUGUGGUCAGUGGGAGCCCGGUUGGCGGCACUGCUUCCCGAUUUGCUGGUCUUCCGGAAGCCCCGCGGAUCGAAACCCGAGCUUGCCACGGCCCAGGGCGUCCUCCUAGGCGUCCACGUGACGGGAUUUACAGCAUUAAUGGACAGGUUCAGUCUGACCUGCAAGUCGGAACAUGACAUGGAUAAACUGGCCCACAUCUUCAGUUAUUACAUUAGUGACAUCGUGGAGCAUAUUCUCUGUUUUGGAGGUGAUAUCCUAAAUAUCACAGGGAAUGUGCUCCUGGCACUCUGGACAGUGGAACCGUGUCAACUGAGUGACAUCAUUACCCUGGUGGCAAAAUGCAGUCUGGAGAUACAGGAGAAAUUUGGAAUCUACCAUACCAGAGAAGGCCAGGACCUGCAGCUAAAGAUAGGUCUGUCUGCAGGUCAGAUUUCUCAGGUUAUUGUUGGAGAUGAGCAGCAGCAAUACCUCUUGGUGAUUGGGCAGAAUGUAGAUGAUGUCCAGUUAGCUCUGUGUUUGGCUCAGACAAAUGAGAUUGUCCUGUCCUGGAACUGCUGGAAGCUCUGUAAACAGUACAUGUUUGAAGUGGAAAUCAUGAGGGAGAAUGAAGCUGUGAAGGUAGGAGGCUGGCCCCAUACCUUGCAGGUCCUGAAAAGGCCUUCUUACUAUAGAGGGAAGUGCUCUGGUAGUGUUUACAUCUUGCCUGACCAAACCAACAACAUUUGGAACUCUGUGCUGGAGGGAGGCUGGGGAUAUUCUCCCAUGUAG